AUGGAGCCCUACAAAUACGAACCACUGCCGAGUCCCACCUCAAUACGCCGUUUGAAGUUCAAUCCAGACGAGAGCGGCGAUCAGCCUCUCACCUGCCAUUUUGUCAUUGUGGACACGAAAGACCCUCCUUCAUACAUUGCACUCUCAUAUGUUUGGGGAGUUCCAUCAAAAACAGUUCCCAUCACCAUCAAUGGCAAAGCCAUAAAUGUCACCCAGAGGCUCAAUGGUGCUCUUCAGAUCUUUCGCACUACGCCAGCACUACUAUGGGCAGAUGCUCUAUGCAUCAAUCAGCAAGAUAUACCCGAGAAAAUGCAGCAAGUCAAUUUGAUGUCAGCAAUCUAUCGGAAAGCGGCCAAUGUGACCGUCUGGCUGGGUCCAGAUGAGCACGAAGAUGCCAGUGAUCUCUUCGAGGAUAUCAAGUGUCUGGUUGAAGGUUGUGGAAUGAUUGUCACUGUCGGUGGUCAGUUUAAAUUCUUCGAUGAGAACACUGGAGACCUUCAUUGGAAGCUUGAAAAUGGGCAAGACUGUGUUGAGAUUUUCAAACUGCCUUACUUCACGCGGACCUGGACGCUACAGGAAGUUGGCCUUGCCUCCGAUGCAGCUGUCCUUUGGGGUAAUCUUGCCACAGAAUGGAAUGGCAUCGGUUUGACCGCGAUGUUCUUAAGGAGACACUGCAGAGCACUGCUCGACAGACUAGACCUGAUGAGAGAGAUGGAGCAGGUGUAUCAUAUCUACACAGCGUUCUCUCCACUCACCCCGAUGGCCACUUUCCUUCAUCUUAUCAAUAACGUUCGAAGAUUUAGCGCGACAGAUCCCAGAGACAAGGUUUUUGCUCUGCUCUCACAUCCCACAGCGCACACAAUUAGCAUGACGGAUAUUUCAUUCAAUUGGCAUGCGAUCAAAAAUGCACUGCCGAUCGCAGUUCAACUCCUCCCAAGCCUAUCCGAUCAGUUCCUGGUCAAGAAGCUUGCGGAGAAAAGCGCAAAAUCAUAUUCCCCACCAAGCGAACUCCCACCACCCCUGAUACAAGCGGACUACCAUAAGACGGUCGAUCAGGUCUACCUCGACCUGGCGUUGGACCACAUUAAUCGCACCAUGAGUCUCGAGAUACUUACGGCAGUCCAGCACGAUCCCGAAAGCCCAGACGGGAUGUUCACUCCGAGCUGGGUCCCCAGAUGGGACUAUUUCAUCGACGCGCCCCCACUAGGAUGGUACACCAGCGCUCACUUUGCAGCCGCCAACAAGGACGCCAUUCUGACUCCGCCUCCAAGUCUUCGAAAUGCGCUUACCGUUCGCGGCUCACUCAUCACAAGGAUAACGCAGCACACGGGCCUCCUAAAACCUUCGUCCUUUGAUCUGCCGCUACCGUCGCCCGCGGGCGACGAGCCCUCGUUCGGUCCAUCCUCUCCGCACGUCCAGUCCUUCUGGGACAACAACCCAAUAGCAACGACAUGGCUCUUGCACCUGAGAGAUCGAGAUCCCGAAAGCUACCUAGUGCUUCCCCACAUGAGUUUCCAGAAUGAUAACGGACCGUACGCCAUAUUCGACACUCGUGCCACCAACGUCCACAAAGCCUACAUGAAGACCUGGGUAGCUGGCAAGAAUUGGGACGAUGUUGACGGCUUUAAUCUCGAGACGGAUUCGGAGGCGUACUGGGAACGGCUAUUCUGGGGCACGGAAGUGUCACCCGAGGUCUUCUUCUCACGACGGGCCGUGGGUGAAGCAGAAGCUAGACAAAAGGAAUCAAAGGAUAAGAUGCGCUGGCAGCGGUAUCGAGAUUCGGCUGCGCUGGUGUGCAAUCAAAGGAAGUUUUUUAUUACGAAGAAGGGAUUUUUCGGACUGGGACCUGGUGCGCUGCGCCCAAACGACUUUGUGGCUGUUUUCCUGGGGGCUGAUGUCCCGUUUGUGGUUCGUGAGGUGUUGGACGAAGACGAGGCGAGUAUGGAAGAGCGAAGGACGCUGAAUCUGCCUAUUCCGAUGUAUAGGAAGUUUCGAUUGGUCGGGGAGUGCUUUGUUCAGGGAUUGAUGCAAGGUCAGGCAACAAGGGCGCAUGAAUUUCGCCGGCAUAUAACGCUGAUUUGAAG